GGAAAACUCGGGAAGUACUUCCAGUUUCCAUAUUUUCACGCUUAAAAAUUCACUGAAGCUCCUGUUCAAUCUGUAUCCAGUUUGAGAAAUGUCAACCAUUUUCACACCAACCUCUUCUUCAUAACCAGAAUCCGUCAGAGCAAAUCAAGAUAGACCUUGCCCUUAUUCAAACGAAAACAUUGAAUCGUAUAUAAAUGGACAGAAUAUAAGUUUUGUCAUAGAAUAAAAAUAGCCUCAGUGCUCAAACGAAUCUCUUUUUCUUCUGCCUAGAACACCCACAAUAACGAUUCAAAAGAAUUGUCAUACCCAGAUGUCUCGCCUUUGAGCACCAAAAUCGAUUCUCCCAUGUUGGGGCGGGUACAAAUGGAGGAGGGAAAUGGGGAAGGUGACGAUCCGCCGAUUUCGGAAUCGGGGCAAUCGGAUUGGUGGGCAAAUUUCUACAGAGAUAUAUUGGCGGGGGCGGUGAUGGGAGGUGUGGUUCACACAAUCGUGGCUCCCAUAGAGAGGGCAAAGCUUCUGUUGCAGACACAGGAAAGUAACAUGGCAAUCUUGGCGGGGGGAACUCAUAAAAAGUUUAAGGGUAUGUUGGAUUGUAUAGUGAGGAUUGUUAGGGAAGAAGGGUUUCUCUCUUUGUGGAGAGGGAACGGAAGCAGCGUUAUCAGAUACUAUCCUUCUGUUGCUCUCAAUUUCUCCCUAAAGGUACCUUCCCUGGCUUACACCCCCAUUCCUUAACUAGUGUUUCUUUUAACCUUUUGUGGUCUUACAAAAUUGUGGGUUUUUUUGUUGAUAAAGCAUAUCAGGAAGGUUCUUUAUGUGCAGUUUAAUUGGUGUUGGUAAACAUAUGUCAAGUGGUUAAUGCAAAAGUUACUCUUGAUUGGAAGUGAGCAAUUAGCUCAUAUUCCUUGAUAAGCAUAGAUUUAUAAAUACAAGCUCAUCAGACAAGAUUCUUGAUUUAGGCGGUAGUUAAGGAGGGUGUGUCUGGAUCAUGGGUGUGAUUGGGAAAACGGGAAGAUUUAAUCAAGGGAAUUAUUUUCUUUGAAAAUGACAAAAGGAAAAAUAAUAAUUUAUUGUCUUCGAAGCCAUAUUUUUAUUUCGGGCCAGAUUUUCUUUGCCUUUAUGUUCUCUUGCCUAUUAUUCCCAUGGUAUUUUCCUAUUUCAAGAAGCGUUAGUGUGAUUCUUAUUUGGCUGGAACGUUGCAGCCACAAUGAUGCAUAGGAACUCCAGGUAGGUAGGAGUUUUCAUGUUUUACAAACGUUUAAGAAACUCCAUGGAAAACCUGUGACAAACUAGUAACUAUUUUCCGGUGUCAUGUUUUUCCUAUUUCCAGUGCCUCCCUCAUUGGACAUUGCUUAGUUAAUGAUCAAUGUGUCACAGUAUUACUUUGCAGUUCAAUCCUAAACUAAAUGGCUUGGUGAUUUGGGAGGUUUAGAUCGCUUAGUUAGACUGAGUUAUUUUCACAGGAAAUUGGAGUAAAAUGUCUUUGUACACAAAUGCUGCGGGCAAAAUAAUAUUCCCGGCUUCGAGGAACAGCACACCCUCUUAGUUCCUCUGGUGAAAAUAACUUCAUUAACUUCAUCUUGAGAUAAUAGUUCAACAGUAUUUAAACUGAGGAUUUGGUUGCAAAUUUACAAUAUGGAAGGGAUUGUGUAAUGAUCUUCUGCAUGAAACAAAGAAGUUGUUUUCUUGUAACGAGUCAAUUGGUUUUGGCUCGAGCAAAAGCAAUGUACUUUCUAUAUUCAGGCAUGAAGAUUGAAGGCUGUAAGACAUUCCAUAGAAGUGUUAAGAGUCCCACAUCACAUGCAGUAGAAAAGUUUCAGUCAAAUCAACUCCGUUAGUUUUUCUGAUGAUAGCUUAUAUUUUGCAGGACCUCUAUAGGAAUAUCCUGCACAGCAACUACGACAAGGGACACUUCUUGGCAGGCCCAUCUGCCAAUUUCAUCGCGGGGGCCGCGGCCGGAUGUACAACGCUAGUAAUCAUCUACCCCCUAGAUAUUGCGCACACACGUCUUGCCGCUGACCUUGGGAGAACUGACAUGCGCCAAUUCCGAGGCAUCUCCCACUUCUUAAGAACGAUCCAUAAUAAAGACGGGAUUCGCGGGGUCUACCGUGGCCUCCCUGCCUCUCUGCAUGGGAUGAUCAUCCACCGCGGCCUCUACUUUGGUGGUUUUGACACCUUAAAAGAUAUGAUGAUGAUGUCAUCAUCCAAACCAGAAGUGGCGUUGUGGAAACGCUGGGUGGCGGCUCAGGGGGUCACGACAUUAGCCGGGCUUUUGUCGUAUCCACUCGAUACAGUCCGUAGACGAAUGAUGAUGCAGUCCGGAUCGGGGGCGCCGCCCAUGUACCGGAACACAUUGGAUUGCUGGAAGAAGAUUUACAGGAUGGAGGGACCCACUUCUUUCUAUCGUGGAGCUCUUUCGAAUGUAUUCAGGAGUGCUGGAGCGGCCGCCGUGCUGGUUUUGUAUGAUGAGGUUAAGAAGUUCAUGGAUUGGACCGGUUUGUAGCAAAAUAUGUAAUACGCAGUAGUUAAUAUAUGAACUCACUGAUUUUGAAAGGACACUGGUUUUUUUUCUUAGUUUAAGUUUUUAAAAAACAUUUGCCAUCCCCAAUCACUAUUAAUUCCAUUGCUCUCAUGAAAGGGCGGCGGGGCAUAAAAAAUGGAAAUAAAGAGGAUUGCUGAUUAUCAUUCAUUCAUUCCCCAAAAAUGAUACUCCGUAUUUAACUCGCUC